GACCAAGGAAGCUUUAAAUUUGCACUUAAUUAGGACCUGAAGCAUCUGUCAGGGAGCAGGAGCCUGAAUUCUGCCAUGUGACUAUUUGCUGAUGAGGAAGUGAUGAAGAUGGUGUUUUAGGGAGGUAAGAAAGGUUUGUAUUUUUGCCUUGGGGAAAAUAAUGUGUUUGAGCUAUCUAGGGCUGAAAACCACAAAGAAUACAAAGGACUCGAGCAGUCUCACAAAGUCAACAUUUGGAAAGCCAGCCCUCUCCUCCUGGCUGGAGCUGACCUCUGCAGGCUUCUCUCGUACAAUGUGAAGCGCCUGGCUCUUCACUGUGGUUUUACCUCAAGACAGUCCUUGUUCACUAAUUGCUUCAAGGUAAAAGCGGAAGAGCCUUCUCUUCCUCCCACACCUAAUUUAUUGCUUUUUAGCGGUGAACAAAAGAUCAGCCACACACCGGCUCCUUGAGCAGCUUGUACCACUGCGCAUGAUGGAGCAAAGUACCUGCUUCCUAGGCUUGCUUCCCGCAUCCCAAAAAAUCUUUAGCACUUUGUAAAUGGGAAUGUGGUGAGCAGUACAGCAUCAGCCAUGGUGUGCCUGUACGGAUUUACCAGCUUUCUUGUAAAGCUCUGCCCAGCCGUCCCUUCCUCUGAGAAUCUGGAGGGGGGUGAACUCUGCAUCUAGGGUGCUCUGCCAUUCGGUACCGCAGAACGUAAAAGGAUUUGCUUAUAAGCUGGGUAUUUCUUUGUGCAGAGAAGUGCUUGUGUGCAGCCUGGAAAAAUAAAUAAAACAAUGUGGCUGGUUUAUUACCAGAAAACAACCCUAAAUAAGAAACUUAAGACCUAAAAGCUCUAUAUGUAAAGUAGAUUUUGCAAUGCAUUAUGCAGAAAACAGAAAAGCACUGGAGAAGGACACUGCUGGAAAAGGGAGGCUGGGAAGAUGGAUGAUGUUGCAGACAGGACAAUUAGAUGUGGAAUGAAUCCUAAGCUGGCACCACUUCUAGGGUCACCUUGGGCAAGUGUUUCUCCAUACCUCCGUUACGUGCUCUCUGAAAACUGGUUGCAGUUUUACUGUCUUUUAGGAUCUCAUCAGAAUAAAUGCAUGUUCAUGAACCACUUGGUUAACCUCAGCUGAGGAGCAUGACAGACCUUCAGCAGCUGCCAUUCACAGAGGGCAAAGCAGGCAGUGCUGGUGAAAGAGACUUGGCAAUAGAAACUGUGUGUUCGAGACUGGACAGAUAAAGCACAGGAGCCGCUAACACGCAUUCCCUGACAUCCUUCACCGUUCAUCAGGAGGGACCCUGCGUGACAGAGAGCAGACUACUCCAAUUUUGACAAGAAAUUCUCUCUUGUAUGCUGCCAACCAGCGGAGGUAAUCGUAACCAACACGAGAAUGGCAGAGCAUCAGCCAUGCAGCAGUGAUGAGAGAGACUGACAUUUGUAUGAGGCUCUUCUGGCUCCUUCUCCACAAUGGCUGGUGCCUCUGCAUAUUCAUUGGAUGGUAAUGCAGGAUGUCGAGAGCAGCAGUAGAGUUUGGCUUGAUCCCAUUGUGUUUUUCUUCUGCUGGUUGAGACUUUGAAUCACCAUGACAACGCUGUGACACUUCCAGCAAAGGUUGCCUGCAGACCAGGGGUGGGCUGGGGGUGGGUGAGAAGGUCAGUGAUUGAGUCUAAUGGGAUCAAAAGUUGCGCAUGCAGCAAAACGACUGUAGAAAAGCUGUCGGCACGACAAGAAGAUGAAAUUCCCCUUCUAUUGGCUUCUCACUAAGCAGGCACAAUAACUUUUUUUUUUUGAGAGAGACUCGCUAUAAAAACUCUUUUGGUUAUGGCUACUGAUCCAACGUGAUUGGGCAUGCAGUGACUUUUGAACUCAUGACUGGAUAUACGAUGUUGCGGAAUGGGGGAGUGGGGAACGGAGGCCAGCCAUGGAUGUUGAGAUGGUCCAGUCGGAUCCGGCUCACCUGGCUUAGUUUCACCCUUUUCAUUAUCCUAGUCUUCUUUCCCCUCAUUGCCCACUACUACCUAACCACCAUCGAUGACGCAGACGAUGCUGGCAAGCGCAUUUUUGGCCCUCGAACUGGCAAUGAGCUGUGCGAGGUAAAGCAUGUGCAAGACCUGUGCCGCAUCCGUGAGUCAGUUAGCGAGGAGCUGCUCCAGCUGGAGGCCAAGCGGCAGGAGCUCAACAGUGAAAUCGCCAAGCUCAACUUGAAGAUAGAGGCCUGCAAAAAGAGCAUUGAAAAUGCCAAGCAGGACCUGCUGCAGCUGAAGAACGUCAUCAGCCAGACAGAGCAUUCCUACAAAGAGCUGAUGGCUCAGAACCAGCCCAAGCUUUCCUUGCCCAUCCGGCUGCUGGCAGACAAAGAUGAUGUGACCUUCCCCCUGCCAAAAUCCAGCCGAAACUGCAGGCUACACAACUGCUUUGACUACUCACGCUGCCCAUUGACAUCUGGCUUUCCAGUCUAUGUCUACAACAGUGACGAUUACCCUUUUGGUAGUUCCUUAGACCCUUUAAUUAAACAAGCCUUUGAGGCAACUGUUAGAACUAAUGUUUAUGUUACUGAAAAUGCAAAUAUUGCGUGUGUGUAUAUAAUUUUAGUGGGGGAAAUGCAAGAGCCUGUAAUGCCAAAACCUACUGAACUAGAGCAACAGUUGCACUCUUUGCCAUAUUGGAGGACUGAUGGACAUAACCAUCUCAUCAUCAAUUUAUCGAGGAAAUCAGAAACUCAGAACUUCAUUUACAACAUCAGCACAGGGCGUGCCAUGAUUGCCCAGUCCACCUUUUACGAGGUGCAGUAUCGACCGGGGUUUGAUAUUGUGGUAUCACCCCUGGUCCACGCUAUGUCUGAACCCAAUUUCCUAGAAAUCCCACCCCAGGUGCCAGUCAAGCGUAAAUAUCUGUUUAGUUUCCAGGGAGAGAAAAUCGAGUCUCUCAGAUCUAGCUUGCAAGAGGUUCGCUCUUUUGAAGAGGAAAUAGAAGGCAAUGCCCCAGCUGACUAUGAUGAUCGGAUCAUUACCACCUUGAAGGCUGUUCAGGACAGCAAGUUGGACUUUGUUUUGGUGGAGUUCACAUGUAAGAACCAGCCUAAGGCAAGUCUGCCCACUGAGUGGGCUCUGUGUGGAGAAAGGGAUGACAGACUAGAGCUACUGAAGCUAUCUACUUUUGCACUGAUAAUCACCCCGGGGGACACCCGCUUAGUGAUCUCUGCUGGGUGUGCCAUGAGACUGUUUGAGGCUCUGGAAGUUGGAGCCAUCCCGGUGAUUCUUGGAGAGCAAGUUCAACUACCCUAUAAUGAUGUGAUCCGGUGGAACGAGGCAGCCUUAAUUAUACCAAAGCCACGUAUCACAGAAGUGCACUUUCUUCUGAGAAGCAUUUCUGACAAUGAUCUCCUUGCCAUGAGGAGGCAGGGCCGCUUCUUGUGGGAGACCUACUUCUCCACUUCUGACAACGUGUUCAGCACAGUCUUAGCUAUCAUAAGGACUCGAAUCCAAAUCCCGGCUGCUCCUAUCAGAGAAGAAACUGCCGUGGAGAUUCCCCACCGGUCUGGCAAAGCUGCUGGUACAGACCCCAAUAUGGCAGACAACGGUGACCUGGACUUGGGGCCUGUGGAAACAGAACCACCCUAUGCAUCUCCCAAAUAUCUCCGCAAUUUCACCCUCACUGCAAUGGACAUCUACAGGAAUUGGAAUACUGCUCCGGGGCCUUUCCACCUCUUCCCCUACACUCCCUUUGACCCUGUUUUACCAUCAGAAGCAAAGUUUUUGGGGUCUGGGACUGGAUUUCGACCAAUUGGUGGAGGAGCAGGUGGCUCUGGGAAGGAGUUCCAGGCUGCUUUGGGUGGCAACGUCCCCCGGGAGCAGUUCACAGUAGUGAUGUUGACUUACGAGCGGGAGGAAGUGUUGAUGAACUCCCUAGAAAGGCUCAAUGGUCUCCCGUACUUAAAUAAAGUUGUGGUAGUGUGGAACUCUCCCAAGCUUCCCUCUGAGGAUCUCUUGUGGCCAGACAUUGGCGUCCCAAUCAUGGUUGUCCGCACAGAGAAAAACAGCCUGAACAACCGGUUCCUGCCGUGGGAUGAGAUCGAGACAGAGGCCAUCCUGUCCAUUGACGACGAUGCUCACCUUCGGCAUGACGAGAUCAUGUUUGGGUUCCGAGUCUGGAGAGAGGCAAGGGACCGCAUCGUUGGUUUCCCAGGGCGCUACCAUGCGUGGGACAUCCCCCAUCAGUCCUGGCUCUACAACUCCAACUACUCUUGCGAGCUCUCGAUGGUGCUCACUGGUGCUGCCUUCUUCCAUAAGUACUACGCCUACCUGUACUCCUACGUGAUGCCGCAAGCCAUCCGCGACAUGGUGGAUGAGUACAUCAACUGCGAGGACAUUGCCAUGAACUUCCUGGUCUCUCACCUGACAAGAAAACCUCCCAUAAAGGUGACUUCUCGCUGGACUUUCCGCUGCCCUGGGUGCCCCCAGGCGCUUUCACACGACGACUCUCACUUCCACGAGCGACACAAGUGCAUCAACUUCUUUGUCAAGGUGUACGGGUACAUGCCCCUCCUGUACACCCAGUUCCGUGUGGACUCGGUCCUCUUCAAGACCCGCCUGCCCCACGACAAGACAAAAUGCUUCAAGUUCAUCUAGCAGUGUGAGGCAGCCGGGCGCCCUCGGCCCCCCGAACCUUGGCUGGCGGCGGGUGAGGGCGGAGGGUGGCUUUUGGAUGGGGCUGCGAGUGCAAAACACCUUUUGCUUUGACUCUGGCCUCCCACGGAGCUAAAGGGACGUCCUGGGUUCGGACGGGCACGUUUCCCCCUCCUCUCCCGCUCUCCCCACGGUGACUCGACCAAGCGACAGGGAACAGGAUCUCACAGCUUCUGUAAAGACGCUCCCUAGGAUCGUACACUGAGGAAUGGCACACUGGCUAGUGGCUCUGCCCCUUCCCUAGCCAAGGGAAACCAUUCUUUUUAAUUAUAAUUAUUGUUAUUUAAAAUGAAAGUGUUUUAGAUUUGC